AUGACUACAAACUUUGGUACAAAAGACGGUAUCCUUAUUCGAGUUAUGACCAAGGACGACCUAAGAAUCAUCGAGAACAGUAUUUACGACGAAGAGCCUCUUCAGUUGGCUCUAGUGGGAAACUCGAAGGCCCAAAUGCACCAAUCUCUAAUUGAAAUUUUGGACAAGUUUCACAAUUCUAUGGUAGAACAGGGGACUUGUUUGGUAGCAAUCAAUGAAAAGGAUGGUGAACGCAUUGUUGGAUGUAUCUUAGCUGGAUGCGAAACAUCUGACGAUCUACAAGAAUAUCAUGCCCAAAUUUCUACACUGGAUGAGUGUGCUUUUAAAACAGUCGGCAUAUUUGAGUGUGAAACUAAAAUCAAAGUAAACUACUUCCAGUAUUACAGCGUUUCCAAAGUGAUUUAUGCGGCAAUGAUCAAUGUGGAUGCGUCCAUGCGUGGUAGAGGUUUACGUGCUCGUCUAGCUAAUGUUCUGAAAGAAUUGGGUCGAUCGAAAGGAUUCAAGGUGAUAAAAGCAUGGAGUAGCAGUUUCUAUUCUGCUCGACAAAUGGAGGGAGUUGGCAUGGAGUGCAUUUAUCGUCAGCCCUAUGCAGAUUAUAAGGAUGCCAAAGGUCAAGUCAUAUUUAAGCCACCAGCUCUUCAUAGCGAACUACGUAUAUCGGCUUUAAAACUGUAA